AUGAAUAGAAAUUCAUCCCACGAUGCUCCGGCCAAGCUGCUCUCGCGUCGUAAGGGCGCCGCGCCUGUAAGCACCACGCCCAAAUCCACAUUCUCGAACCAAUCAGCGGUGUUCAAUUCGACUGGCGAAGCGGCAUCCUUCCCUUCGGCAGCUGCUUCGACCAGCACAAAUGGUACAAAUGCGCCUAGUGCGUUUGGGAACCCGUCAUGGAAGCCAGCUGCAUCCACCACGUCCGCAAGUCGUCCCAUCGGUGCGGCGUUCGCAGCAGCCGAAUCAUCCGCAAGCUCGUCAGCCAUGCCUUCGUAUCUUUUCGCUCCCGGCGCCGGUGAUCCGGACCCGCCCUCUUCUUCUCCUGCGCCUUCUAUCGGUCAACAAGGGAGUGGACUGGGUCGCUUCAUGCGCUCGAGGGAGUCUCCUGGUCCUUCGACCAUAUCGGGCCAGAGGAAUGCGCUGGGAGGAAUGGUCGAGACGGAUGCUGAGCGCAAGAAGCGAUUCGACAAGGAUACUGUGGGAAGCGCGAUCCGGUUCCAAGAGGUGAGCAUCGCGUGCCUGCACAGCCCUCCUUUCCUUGACCACGACUGACAAGCCCGCUCUAUGCUCGUCGUAGCUCAAGGAGCAGCGCGAAGCGAUGAGGGAACGGUACAUUCGUCAAGGCGUCUUGCCAGAUGAUACGAAAGCACAGAAUCUGGCUGCGACUCAAACUUUGCGUGGCACAUGCAUGGAGAUGUGCUCAGAGUUUGAGCGUGUAGAGAGGGAAGUUCAAAAGGAAGCUGACCCACCCGAGCUUGUGAGUCCCUGUUAUGCCUUCGUACCGCCGCAUUAGGUGUCACACACGUUGACAACUUCUCGCGCACACUCUGGCCAGUAUCCGGGUACGGAAAAGAUAGAUCCGAGGCUUGCAGUCAAGAUCUAUCGCAGACCGGCAGCUGGCCGCGAACUUCCUCUGCCCGACGAUGUUCGUCCUCCGGCCGUGCUUCGGGUGCGUGCGAAUGUUGCUUCUCAUCUUGCACUAUCUUGGCACGAUCGGCUCACUACGUUUCCCGCAUACACUUGCAGCGCACGCUCGACUACUUGUUCCACACCUUGCUUCCCACAGAUCCGUCUUCUACCGAAUUUGCCCAAGUCCAAGGUUUCAUCUGGAACCGAACACGAGCUGUGCGACAAGACUUUAUCGUUCAGGGUCAAGGCGGACCUAUGACCAUCGAAUGCCACGAGCGAAUCGCACGCUACCACAUUCUGUGUCUACAUUGGAAGGGUGGUCGAGGUGCGGAGGAAUGGAGCGAACAGCAGGAGAUGGAACAACUUCGAAAAAGUGAGUGCCAUGGGCCGACCAAUAUGGGAACCCUGCCGCGACACGAUCGCUGAUUUUGCUUCAUUCUGCUCCUCAUCACAGCUAUCCGAAGUCUGUCCGAAUUUUAUGCCGAUCUUCGAGCGCUGACAGGCAAGAGCGCACCCAACGAAGCGGAAUUCCGGGCAUACGAGCUGUUGCUGCAUCACAGAGAUCCGGACACUUUGCGAGAGAUCGAAAGACUGCCCCCCAUCAUCUUCGACUCGCCUACUCUGCAAACGGCAUUGCGGCUGCGAGGCCUUGCUCAGGGCGCGGGCCCCGACAAACCGAGGGAUGGCAGUGAAGGCUCGCUCAAUCUGUGGACUCGUUUCUUUGCGGAGACAAAGAAAGCACGAGUCCCCUACCUGCUGGCUUGCUUGGCCGAGACUAUCAUCCCGACGGUCCGAGCGGGCGCUCUGCGAGCGAUGUCCUCGGCAUACAUGGCACAACAUCCACCGUUGCCCGUGCAAGACCUGACCAACGACCUCUCAUUCGACAGUCAGGAAGAGGCUUUAGAAUUUGCCAGGAAUCGGGGCAUUGGCGAGCAAUGGACGACGGAAGAAUCAGGCAAAAAGACGCUAGCUGUGCGGAUCGACAACAAGACGGAACGAGCAUUGGGUGAGCAUGAUGUCAAAGGAGCUCAUAAAGUGUGGACUAAUCGCUAUCUGAUGACGGCUGAUUGCUCUUUGAUGACGUAUUGCACAGUGUCGGAUGUACAGCUCGAGCGUAGUAAAGCAGUCCCCUUCUCUCAAAUCGUAGUGGAGAGCAAACGCCAGCGCUGGAGCUGCCGCGACAUUAUCGAUGGAGUUGCGUCAGGUGCGACUCCACUUCUCAACCACGAUGGCGGACAGCCACUGCCUGCGCCUUUUCACCCUGCUCGUCAACCAUCCGCAGCACCAUCGGUACCUUCGAGGCAGUCAGCGACGCCGGUGACGGAUCACUGGAACGCGCCUACCUCACGCAAGGCUGCACUACCACCGCCUGUGAUCUCAAGACCAGUGCAGCCCUAUUCUGCGCCUGUAGCGGCUCCUUCUGCGUUCGACAAUUCAUCAUCAGGAAGCAUCUGGGGUGCGUCUCAACUGCAGUCUCGUUUGGGAGGGGUUCAAACAGAUCUGGGGCCUCUAGCAUCGCAAAGUCAAUUCGGAUCGGCACCUACCCCUCUCAGAGCUUCCACAUCAGCUGCUGCAAGAUCGUCAGCACAUCCUUACACCAAACCAUCUUCCUCUUCCUCCUCUUUCUCGUUUCCGUCUAAUACUUCUUCCAUCACUGCCCCCUUCUCCACAGCCCCAGGAAACGCAACUUCAACAACGAUGGGCCAGUCUACCAAAACAGCUAGUAGUGCGUCGAUACCGUCUGCCUUCCCAGCACCUGCUGCUGCUGCUGUAUUCGCCAGUGCUGCAUCUCUGCGCGCUGCAAAGUUGCCGAGCGGGGUUGCUACUGCGGCCGUUGUGCCACAAGCAUCAAACGCGCAGGCCGUGAGCGGGAAGAGGCGAAAGGCAUCCGAUCCUUUCGUCUCCUCCUCUCCUCCAAGCUCUCCUUCGCACGGCAAGCAGCGAGAGGCAUCCAACAUGCAAAGUGCAAGAGCUGACGUUGCUCCUCUGCCCGUCGUACGCUCGCUCAGGGAAGAAAAAGGGCAAGCAUGCGCCGCGCUAG